UUGUGCGUGAGUGCAACUGCCACCACAGACUACUGCCUUCAAAGUAUUCAAACUCACCUUUGUUCGUUUGCGCCAUCACAUUUACAGUAUUUAUAUUAUUAAGAAGUCACAGUUCGCAAUGGUCGAGUUGAGGAAGCGUAAAGCGACAACACAACCCCUCGAAACAGAACAAAAGAGCAAGCGCAUCCUCGAGCUCGACCCAGCCUCGAAGAGAGGGCCUAAACAAGUCACGGCUGGCGGCGCUCUUGCCGACGCAUCUAGCGAUGCUUACCAUGAAUCCCCGAAAGUCGGAGAGACGCUCGAUUUGAACCAAUUUGGUGGUGAAUUUGAAAAUCAUGAUGGGACGAAACUCAGAUUGAAGGAUCUCGUCGACAGUAGCAAGUCCGGUAUUGUGUUAUUCACAUAUCCCAGAGCGUCUACCCCUGGAUGUACCAAGCAAGCCUGUCUUUUCCGUGACAAUUAUGAAUCCCUAACUUCAAGUGGGAUGUCAGUAUACGGUCUUUCAGCGGAUUCGCCCAAAGCAAACACCACUUUCAAGUCUAAGCAGAAGUUGCCUUUUCCUCUCCUGUGCAAUUCCUCCUAUACACUUAUAGCUGCUCUUGGAUUCAAGAAAAUGCCAAAAGGAACAACAAGGGGUGUCUUUGCUGUAAACAAGCUGGGUAGGGUUCUCCUACAUCAAAGGGGUGGUCCCGAUGCAACAGUCGAGGCUGCGCGACAAAUCGUUAUUGCCUCGAAGGAGGAGAAACGGGCAAGUCCUUAAAGCUGCAUAUACUCUCGCAGAUCUGCCACAAUGGAAGGAGAUAGAUAUGGAUGUUUUACACAAUUCCAACAAGUGAUGAUAGGCCGGCAAUUGAUGUGGAGGAUUCACGCGAUAUUCCUUGGUAGACGUGAAUGUACUAUUGUCCCUAGACAAGCCUAUUGGUACUCCAUUCCUCACCGGCUACUGACGAGAGUUGGGGAGUAGGCAUAAAGAAGCUUUGAUCAUGCUUUGAC